AUUUUCUCAGUAUGCUCAAAAUCUCACCGUUGAUGGUGGUACUGAGGAUGAGGCUGACCUUCUAAAUUCGAAGAGCAGAAAAGUACAAUUCGGUCUUUCUGAUAACAAUUCCGAAAGAUAAAUAACCUUUGAGAAGGAGUCGAUCCAAUUCAACGUCUUGCAGUUUCAAGGUUUUCAAAUCCAAAAUCAAUUUAGGGCUUUUCAUCGGAGAUAAAAAUGCCGCAGAGACACUCUAAGAACAAUAAUGACCUGGCCUUUUUCACGUACGAUGAGAAGCGUAAGCUCGGGUACGGAACCCAGAAGGAGAGGCUUGGCAAGGACUCAAUAAAUCCUUUUGAUGCUUGUUGUCUUUGCUUGAAGCCAUUCAUCGAUCCUAUGUGUUGCCAGAAAGGUCACGUAUUCUGUAAAGAAUGCAUUCUCGAGUGCCUUCUCUCCCAGAAGAAAGACAUUCAAAGAAAGUUAGCUGCUCAUGCUGCUCAGCAGAAGCAAGAGAAGGAAGAGGAAGAAGAAAAGUUGAUGUUACAGAAAGCUAGAGAGCUUGAUGCCUUUGAUCAGCAAAACCAUGGUGCAGUACCACAAUAUAGUGAUAGAAAUCACAGCCGAGAUAAGCAUGGUUUCCAUGGUGCAAAUAGUGUAAAAGCCACUUCUUAUGAAGAGGAAGCCCUUCGGACAAUGAAAGCAUUUUGGCUGCCAUCUGCUACCCCAGAAGCUCCAGCCAAGGUUGAAGCCCCUUCUACUACUACAUUCUGUCCAGAAGGCAAGGAAAGACUCAAGUUGAAAACCCUCUUCCCUGUCCAUUUUACAGGAGACAACAGUGACAGGAACAAAUAUAAUUCUCAUGAUAAGCCAUUUAUUUGUUCGAGCUGCAAGGUUACCCUGACUAACACAAUGUCACUUGUUGCCCUAAGCUCAUGUGGGCAUGUGUUCUGCAAGAAAUGCACCGACAAGUUUAUGGCUGUUGAUAAGGUUUGUUUGGUCUGCAAUAAGGCAUGUAAAGAGAGAAAUUUGGUUAACUUAGAGAAAGGAGGGACAGGGUUUACUGGCCACGGGGAUCGACUUCAGGCAACCGAUUUUAAACAUUUAGGCAGUGGUUCAGGGUUGGGGUUGGUGAGACCUGCUAUUAAGACAUAAUUUUUAAAGUUAUCUUAGUACUGUAUAAAUCCAUUGGCCCUGCCGAAGUGUUAAAUGUGUUGUAAAUUGGAUUCAUCUAUGUUUUGGCCAUGUCUCAUGAGUGAAAUAACAGCAAUGCAUUUUCUUUUUCGAA